UGUUAUCAUAAUGUAUUUUCAGCCCUAUUGAUGAACAUGGUCACAUGGUGGGGUGUGGAGAAGACGUCAAAAAGGGCCGCCGAAAAGCACCAAAGUCAUUUGCAUUUGACCACUGCUUCUGGUCAAUGGAUAAAGAUAACCCUAAGUUUCAUGGUCAGGAAAAAGUGUUCCAGAACCUUGGUGAUCCGGUUUUACAAGGGGCAUUUGAAGGCUACAAUGGCUGUAUAUUUGCUUAUGGACAAACAGGUUCGGGGAAAUCGUACACAAUGAUGGGAACAAUGGAGGAGAAGGGUAUAAUUCCUCGUCUAUGUGACGCAUUGUUUGAUCGUAUUGCUAGGCUAGAAAAUGAAACAACCAGCUUUAAAGUGGAAGUAUCAUACCUGGAAAUAUAUAACGAAAAAGUUCAUGAUUUACUAGAUUUAAAAGGGCACAAACAGAAUUUAAAAGUUAGGGAACACAAUAUAUUGGGACCAUAUGUAGAUGGUUUAUCAACAUUAGUUGUAACAUCAUUUGAAGAUAUAAACAAUUUAAUGAAUGAGGGGAACAAAUCAAGAACUGUGGCGGCCACCAAUAUGAACAGUGAGAGCAGCAGAUCACAUGCCGUAUUUAACAUCAUAGUCACCCAAACAUUAACUGAUCUAAAAACUUCUGUAAGUAUAAUGUUUAUAAUUUUAAAUGUAUUUGAUUCAAGCUUUUCCAUUCUUGUAAGGUUCAUAUUUGUUCAUCCACAUAUGACCUUUACAGUGAUGGUGCAACUUAAAACCCAAACAAACAGAAAACUAAAAAAACAGCAUGAUUGUGCUGUGCCAACUGAUAUUGGACUGCAAGUGAUGGUGCAACAUAAAACUAGAGCUGUCAUUGAUUCAGUGCAAAGCAUAUCAACGAUAUAUCGAUAUCAAGUAACUAAAAUCAACGAUACACCGAUAUAUCGAUAAUAUCCUAUACUCACUUGUCUGUCAUUCACUUUCAUACCUGUUUCAAUGAUUUCAGUCAAAAACAUGUUCUGUACAGUGUCUUGUCCACUGCAUGAUUUUUUCCAGACAAUAUUUUUUGUCACCAUUGCUAUGAAAUAAUUCCACUAUAUAACAAAAGCAUAACAUUAGAUAUAAAUAAUUGUUUCUGCAUAUAUUUUGGGUGAAUUGUAUAAUUUCUAGACAUUUAACUUAUAAGUCAAAAGUAUCGAUUUUUUAAAAUGUGUAUCGAUUAUUGAUCGACAAAAAAAUAUCAAUGAUACAUCGAUAUUGUUGAUAUCGAUGACAG